ACCUGCGGUCACUCACUCAUGCAGCCGAGACAUGGGCGGAGGGGCCACUGACUGAGAGAGAAAAAGAACACGUCCCAAACCAAACACAUGACACGACCCGUAGGGUCGUAACAUAUGGCAACAAAAAUGGACCAGGAGACGAGGGGCAGACACUUAUAUUCAGAACAAAGUGAGCAGUAAAAAUUGAUUGGAGGAAACGGGAGAGAAGAAGUUAAAAGAAAUGGAAAGAAACGCGAUGAAAGGAAGCAAAAAGGAACCAGAGGACGGCAGUAAUGCAUCAAAACGGAUGCAAGCCGCCGUCAAACACCACAGAAGAAGAAAGAAAGAAGUAAGCAAAGAAGAAGACGAUCUUUAGAACAACAUGGCGCCGAUCGGUCAUAGAAGCAGCAGAGUGUCUUUGUUACGUUAAUAAGUUAACUCCAUCAGUCCUGAUCCACCAGAGUCCCUGGACGUCUGGAUAAACCUCUGACGGUUCGGAUUCCGGAUCUUUUUCCUCUGAAUCCUCUCUCCUAGCUGCAGAAAGUUAGCAACACAGCGCUAGUCCGAGUUCUGGAGGAAACGUGUCUGAUUCAGUGAAGAUGUCUAAAGGCCAAAUGCUGAGAUGUUUAUUAAAGCAGCGAAUCACGGAGGCUGCUGAAGAGAUAUUUGGGCUGUUUGAAAGAACGAUAGCAGAGUACGAGGAAGAAGCUUCUAGAUUAAAAGAGGACAACGAGCGGCUAAGGAAACGCCCGCACGUUGUUUUUAACCCUGAAUUCCGCAUCCAAAGAGCAGGCCUCCAGAAGCUGUUGGUGCUUGAGGAAGAGCAGAAGACGGACCAAGAGCCCCCCCACAUUAAAGAGGAACAGGAGGACCCAGAGCUCCAAGGGCUAAAGGAGGCUGACAUGAAGGUCUCACUCAUUCCUGUGAAGUGUGAAGUUGAAACUCCGUCCUCUCAGCUUCAUCAGAGACACACUGAACCGAUGGACACAGAAGGGGAUGGAGAGGACUGUAGAGGACCAGAACCAGACGGGAACUCUGUUACGGAGUCUCCUUCAGAAACCGAUACCGGUGAGAAGACUGGAGACUCUUCUGAGACUGAUGACAGUGAUGAUUGGAAUGAUACGAGAGAACCGCAGACAGAUUUAAACUCCUAUAAUGGUAAAGAUUCUGUCAGUAAUUCAAGAUGUAGAACAAGUGAGAAAACUUUAAUGUGUUCUUUGUGUAAGAAAAGAUUUGGUUGCAUUAAAAUGCUGAAGAGACACGUGAUGACCCACACAUCAGAGAAACCUUUCCGAUGCUCAGAGUGUGGUAAAUGUUUCACUCAAAAUGGAAGUCUGAAGAGACACAUCAGACGGCACGCAGGGAAGAAACCUUUCAGCUGCUUGGAGUGUGGAGAACGUUUCACUGAAAUUGGAGAUCUGAAGACGCACAUAAGAUUUCACCUAUCAGCUUCUUAGAUGGUGGUUGACGUUUCACUUAAAGUGGACACACGAAAGCGCAUCAACGUCAAAAACUGAAAGGACACGUGAAAGCCAACAUGGAUGAGAAUCCCCUCUGACUCCAUCAACCCUCUCCUGGUGACGUCACUGUUGCGCAUGCAAGUUUUGAAAACCCUCUGCAGAACUAUAAAGGUGGACAGAUUCGCAGCUACUUUUUCAUGUUCACAGUUACAAACGACUGUCAGAGGCUUUGUAUCUGGGAUCCAGAGGCUCAUCAGGUUGUUACCUGGGUGAAACUCAUCUUUGCAUUCUCUCCAUCCUGAGAGGGAUCCACCUCCUUUUGUUCUCUCUUUUCCCUGUUUUCUCAUUUGUGGGGAAGUCUUUUUCUCUGCCCAUGUGAGGGUUUUGGGACAGGAUGUCACAUGUGACCAGACUGUGAAGCCCUGCUAAUUUCUGAAUUUGGGCUAAAAAUAAAAUUAAUUGCUGUCUGUUCUGGCCGAUGGUCAGUAAAUUCAUAUUCAGAGAAAACAUCUCCAAAGGUCACAGGGUCACACAAAUGCCAAACUAUUGUAAGGAGGCACGUUAUCUGUCUUUAUCGUCGUGUUUGCUGUUGAAACGCUUGACUGAUUUUUAUGUUCCAUUUGUGUUUCUGCAGGCUUUCAUAUUAUCAACGUAUCACUGAACCGUCUUGUGUAAAUGUUUUUGCGUUCCAUGUUACGGUGCAAAGUUGUGUUUAAAAACCAGAAGGGCUGUAAUGUGUUCAUGCAUUUACCUCUUCCUUUUUUCUGGGAAACAGGUUUGAUGAUUUAGGUUGGCUGUUGUCUUUUCAUCUGCAUUUUGAGCCAAGUACAUAUUUGUAUUUCAAAACAAUAAAAUCACACUGUCAUUUUACAUGGCUCAGCGAGCACAG